AUGUUGGGGUCUCAUAACUGGCUUUUGCACGCCCGAUAUGUUAGAGGUGAAUAUGACAAGUGCUUGGAAUUUAUUGAGAAAAUACAGAAAAAUACACAUCGAACACACAGAUUUGCCUACUAUGUAAUGGCUUCAAUUCUUGCUGACACCGGUAGAUUGCAAGAAGCGCUCGAGAAAUAUCAUACGUGCAUUAGAAUCAAACCGCAGGAUCCGGAACCCCUAAAACAAGUGGCUAAAUGCCUGUUCCGUCAGAAGCGGUACCAGCUCGCCCAAGAAGCUUAUUUAGAGGCUGAUAAAUUGUCUCAAUAUCCUGAUCCGGAAAUUUAUUCUGGACUCGGUAAGCGAAUCUAUGAUCAAGAGAAUAUAAAAGCAACAUGUGCUCAGAAUCUCGAUAGUAUCAGUCGUGGAAUAGAAUGGGCAAAGGCAGCAGUGGAGGCUGGUGGUGGUGAAAGUGCUGGAGCGCUUCUGGCGAAGCUACUUAGUGAUUCUGGGGACAUAGAUGGCGCUUUGUCCGCCUAUGAUGACGCUCUAUCCUCAAACGCAUGUGGUGCGGACGUCCUCGCAUCAGCUGGUGCCCUAUGCCUACGUGCUGGUGAUCCAAGGCGUGCAUUUCAGUUGCUCGGAGAGGCUUUGUCCCAACAGCCAACGCAGCAUGCAGCAGCUCUCGCCUUAGCUGCUAUGAUGCUUCAACAUAAAGAUGUAGAUGCAUCAUUGGCUAGACUAAAAGCCGCUUUAUCUGCUCAUCCCUCAUGUGUUGCUGCUCAUGUGGACCUAGGCUUAGCAUUACUGUCCAAAAAGAAAUAUAUUGCUGCUUUAACGUGCCUUCAGCGAGCAGUAUGGACGGCGCCUUUGAGCGCUCGGGCUGGCCACGACCUGGGUCUCGUACUCCUAAUAUGUAAGAGACCGACAUCGGCGUUCUACCGACUAGCCACCUCGGCUGCGUUAAAUCCAUCUCAACCGUAUACAGUGCUGCUGAUUGCUAUAACGUUAGAACGCUUAGAGGACUCCAGAGCUGAUGCUGCAUAUUCGAGAGCAAUAUCUUUGGAUCCAGAAGACGCCCUCAUUAGAAUAAAUGUCGCUGCAAGGCAUGCUAGGGCGGGACGGUACGGUGACGCUGUUCGUGAAGCGGUAACAACAGCGCAAUUGUUGACGCGGGAAAAUAACACCGAAUUGGCUGGUAAGUUGGCAUAUUUGACGACUCUUCUAAGAGAGGCUGGUGUGGAUUUCUCCGGCUCCCUUCUAGAAAUUGAUGAUUCAUGUCCUUCUACAGAAGUCGACUCAUCAGAUAAAAAUCUCGCAGACGAUGAAGUUUAA